AAAUAUUCCAAAACGCGUAUGUACACUCGGAUGGCAUGUGCCGGCGUGUUACCUCCGGCUUGAUUCGAUAAAUGAAUGCUCACGCACAUCCGGAACGAUGCGUCAAUCGAGCGGCGUGUUUCAUCAUCCAUCCCCACCACACGAGCUCCGUUGGCGUGUACACCGUGUACUAUACCGAUUUUCUCCGUCCUUUCUGAUCGUCGCGCUCUCUGCGUCUCUUUCUUCCUUCUUUUGGCGCGCGGUCACCGAACGUCAGUCGGCAGAGACCUAACAGUCUGUCGACAGUCCGCGUCGAAUCUUGUCACAUGACUCCUUCUGCCGCGGUCCUUCAAAUGUAUCGAAAAUUCAAUUCGUUCGCACAAAUUCCUGCCAAAAAUUCCAGAAGAUUAAUCUUUUCGAAACAGAUGUCUCGCCGACCCACUAACUGAUCGAAGAUCGAUUUUGUUUAACGAGACAGUGAAUCGUUAUGGAGCAAGGAAAUUAACAACAACGAUGAUCACGAAGCAGGGACGUCAUCGCUUACAACGCUAUAGAAAUCGCCGACUAGCGUCAUCGAGCCACAUCGCGAAUUGGCAAAUUGGAGUCACGGCGAGUUAGCCCGCGGGGGAUUCAGAGAUACAAGCGAGAACGAGCGCGACAUCCGUUACUAGCCAGAUGAUCAAGAACUGGCGCAAGCCGAGCUGCCAAAAGCCCGAGACCUACGCUCGACCACGUGAGUUGUUGCUGAUCGAUGAAGAUCUGAUGACGUGAGGCGAGAAAAAGAUAAUCUUCGUUUUGAUAAAAAAAUUUUUCACAUCUACCAUAUUCGCGAGAAGAUAAAAAAUUAUCUGAAACUGGUUUUCUCCACCUGGCAGAAGCGAAAAGUAAUCAUUCGAGAAAGCCGAAUUUUUAGUAAAACUUUUUUACUCGAGCAUAAUCUGCCGUUCGAAUCAACUGCAUAAUAGGAAAUUGUAUAGUAAUUUGUUAAUUUGCUUUCCAAGUGCGAGGAAAGCGAAAUCUGUGAUUAUCUUGUGAUUUUUCGAAUAGAAGAAUACAUGUAGAAAUCAUGUUCCAAAUCAUUCAUUGCGAAAAACUGACAACGAAUUAUUAAUGACAAGUGGAAAAGUAUAUCAUAGAGCGUCAAAGAAUUGGAAUUUAAUUUGAAUUUAAUUAUUAUUAUCUGACGCUUGAAGCUGCGGACUUUAUAAAAGGCACUGUGACAUUGAGCGCUCUAUAUAUUGCUGACAAUAUGGGCAUUGUGAGAAAAAUACAGAAGAGACGACAAUAGAAUAUAAUUAAAGAAUUGAACAAUUAAAGUAGCAUUGAACACAAUAAAGUUAAAGAAGUAAAGAAGAAACACGUACAAAUAGAGAAACGUGAAUUACUUGUUGCUUGAUUUCAUUUUUCACAACUGACACAAAAAUGGAAAAUAGGCAAGAUACCGACAACAAGCCGUGGGUGUUCGGAUAUGGAUCGCUCUGCUGGGAUCCUGGCUUCUUGUACACUAAAAGCAUGAUGGGCUAUGUGAAGGGCUUCGGCAGACGCUUCUGGCAAGGUAGCAUUACACAUCGCGGGACGACUGAAAAGCCUGGACGGGUCGCCACGCUGAUCGAAGACAAAGAGGACAUGGUUUACGGACGAGCGUUCCAAAUUAAGGACAGCGCGGCGGUGCCCUAUUUGGAAAAUCGCGAGUGCGCUUUGGGCGGCUAUCUAACGACUGUAGGAACAUUUCAUAGCCGUGACGGGAGCCGGCAAUUUCUCGUGUCGAUUUACAUCGCCACCAGCAAGAACGAGCACUGGCUCGGCGAGGCGCCGUUGCAGGCCAUAGCGCAGCAAAUCACCGAGUGUUCCGGUCCGAGCGGACACAAUGUCGAGUACCUCUUACGGUUGGCUGAGUUUAUGCACCGUUAUUUGCCGGAGGUGCACGACGAGCAUCUCUUCGCGCUAGAAAUGCUGGUGCGCUCGCGAAUAAAGGAGAAAAGCAUGUGCCUCGAGACGCUGAUGGGCAAUCGCGAGUUCGUUAUCGAUCUCGACGGGGACGCGGAGUCGUCCGCGGAAAAUCGCGCGGAGGGCAACGUCGAGCGACAUCGGGAAGGCUCCUUCCAAUUCAGCGCGCGUAUUCCGUCAAAAACUCUGCGCUGCGUGAAGAUGUAGCCGAAUUCAAUCAACAAUUCCGAUCGGAGAUCCGUAUGUAUGCGAUAGCGAAUGGAAGAAGUGCCGGCUUAUUUUCUUACGCCGUUUGCGCACUGAACGCGACCACGGAAUUUCAAUUAACGGGAAAAUAAGUCAUCCUUCAUGCGGCCAGUCAACUCUCGUUUCUGGGGGAAUCCGUACACAGAUGCAUAUAUGUAGAUCAGAGUGGAGUUUACGAGGGAUUCGAAUAUUUUUUUUGGAGAUUCGCACAGUUCGAUCUGUUCGAACGUAUCUUCGGCCGGGAGCGUCCGAACGAGAGUCGAACUAUCCGAAUUGAUUGGCGUCAGCUGAAAUUUUUGAGCAUUAGAUCGAAGAUUGUGCACGUUGUCACAUGUACAAUGUAAGCGCGAUCGAGAUGAAAAUCUGAAGCUAAAUACGCGUUGAGUACAAAAUUGUUCCGACAAAUACGUAAACUGGUAGCAAAAUUGCGCUCUCGAAAAAAUGAAGUCGCGUGGUGAGAGACCAGGCUGACGACGGAGGAGGGUGGCUCAAUGUCAUUAUAUUUUUAGAAAAAAAAAAAUUUUUACAGCGAAGUGCGCAAGAGUAUUGUACAGAAUCGACGACGACGCGAUUUCGAGAUGCAUACGCGUGAUUUAAAAUCUUUCCAGAGCUUUGCGAUAAAAUGUUGAUUUAGAAAGAUAAACGUUUGUCAUAUUUUUAACAAGAUCACACAGGCAACAUUUUCGAUUUCUUGAUCGUCUUUGUUUCCGAAAUCUUAUUAUUAAAUCUCGUAGAUCAAAUGAUAAUUGUUGCUCGAAGAAAAGGAAAGAGUAUAGAAACGAAGAGCAGAGGAAGCAUUUGAUGCAUUUUAGUGAAUAUAAACGUGCAUGAUGUGCAUGUUAUACUCACGUUUCAUUCACGUGACGUGUGCAUAUACACACAAGAAUUGUUCUUUCAUUUUAAUACAACGAGAAUAGCAUGUUGGCAAAGCGCGUGAGAACGCGAAUGUGCUGCUUUAUCGCAGUCGAUAUAUCAACGACGAUGGUCUAAAUUUAAAAAGCGGUCAGCUGCAAAUUCUUUCGAGAAUGUGAUCUCGCUGCUGGUGUGCGUCUUCCUUAGAGGCUAUUCUAUCAUACGUGUUUACGAGACGGCUGUGUUAAUUUUGUAUCGCCGAACGUGCUGGACACGUGAACACUUAGAUUAGAUUUCGUUAUUUACUAUUUUAUAACGCCAAUUUUUCUGCUAUCAUUUUUAUGCGUGUGUAUGCAGUGUAUGUAUGCAGGUGGGUCAUUAAUGUAUGUGUAUAUAGGUCAAUUUCUAUUUUUAUCUUAAUACAUUGCAGCUAUUUGAAUUUAUCAAUUAGAUAAGUAACGACGAUCAUUUAAGUUUAAUAGCUUACAAUACUGAGAGAGAAAAAAAGUUCUGUUGUUUUGUGAGUUUUUAACGUUAAUCACUCUAUUACGUAGUAUUUUUAAGAUAUGUAUGCGUGUAUGUAUGUUGCAAGUGAAAAAGCGGGUGUGUGCGUAUAAGAUAACACUUAUUUCCGUUGUAAUACAACGAGAAUGGCAACUAAUUGAAUCUGCGAGUUAAAUAAAAUCGUAAAAAUUAAAUUUAACAAUUUAAUUCAGACCGUCAAUUAAAAUUCACUAAAAUAAGCCUAAAAUUAUUUUUUAUUAUAAGAUUUUUUAUUAUGCUUGUUUUUUAUAAAAUAUUAGAUUGUAUAAUAAGUAAUGUAGAAUUUUCUCACAAAAACGUAGCAGCAUGAUUAAGAAAUUGUAAUACGGACAAAAUUUUGACAAAUAAAUAUUUAAUUUAUGCGUUUUCACGUUUUGCUUGACAAAAAAAUAGAUAGAUUUAUUUAA